AUCAUCAUUAGUCGUGUUUUGAACUUGCCGGAUUUAGAAACCGUAACAAUUUUGUAUUGUUUUACUACUAACACCGAUUUUCUGGGACUAAUUUUGUUGUGUUGGGAGGAAAAUUGGUUCGCCUACAGAAUGGCAAACUUUGACAUGGAAGAAUUCAACGAAAUCUUGGAAAAGUGCCGAGAUCAAUCGCUACAGAAGGAACAGGACGCUAUUUUACUGGAACCAUUUGCAUACAUUCAGCAAAUACCGGGUAAACAGUUCCGGUCCAAGAUGGCAUUAGCCUUCAAUCACUGGUUAAACAUACCGGCCGAGAAAUUGGUUGCAAUUGGAGAAAUUGUGCAGAUGAUGCAUAAUUCUAGUCUACUAAUCGACGAUAUUGAAGACAAUUCUAUUCUUCGUAGAGGAAUUCCAGUGGCUCACAAGAUUUACGGAAUAGCAAGCACAAUCAAUGCCGGAAACUAUGUGCUGGUUUUAGCCCUUGCCAAGGUUAAUAAGUUAGGACACAAUGACGCCCAACAGGUGGUAACGGAACAGCUACUGGAAUUGCACCGAGGUCAAGGAAUGGAAAUUUACUGGCGUGACAAUUUUAUCUGUCCAACCGAGGCUGAGUACAAGCAGAUGGUGAUACGGAAAACCGGAGGGCUGUUUAUGUUGGCCAUUCGGUUGAUGCAAUUAUUCAGUGAUAACCAACAGGAUUUUACCAAGCUCACCGCGAUUUUAGGACUAUCAUUCCAAAUACGGGACGACUAUUGCAAUCUUACGUCUAAAUCCUACUCGGAUAAUAAGAGCUACUGCGAGGAUCUUACGGAGGGAAAGUUCAGUUUUCCGGUGAUACACGCUGUUCAACAUCAAAAAGAUCGACAAGUGUUGCAUAUUCUGAGGCAACGAACGCAAGAUGUUGAAGUCAAACGAUAUUGCGUUUCAUUGCUGGAGAAACUAGGUAGUUUUAAAUACACGGAAGAGGUGCUAGAAACUCUUGACAAUGAGGCUAGAGAAGAGAUUGAACGCUUGGGAUCCAAUCCUAUUAUGCUAGCCCUGCUGGAUGAUCUGCUUAGCUGGAAAACAGAUGAUGCGUGCAAAGAAAAGUGAACUCCUUCCGCACAUUUCAUGACGGACACCUUGCUUUCAGUUUUAUCUUCUUCUGUUGAGCAUACACCUCCUAAAGUUGAAACAUGCAAACGAUGUAUUAUAUUUUUGAUAUAAUUUUGUUUCAGUUCGGAAUGGAAAGACAACCUAGCAUUUAGCGACGAGUAAUUAGAAAAGACGAGCGGUUUCCUUAGGAAUGUACCUAUAUUUUGUAUGUGUGAUUUUAUCAAGUUUUUUUGCACCUUUUGAAAGACAGUUUCACCAAAGUAAGAAUGAACGCAAAAACAUUAUAAUAAUGUUAAAAUAUCGACAAACUAGAAAAGACUGUUACCAUUACCGGUAGCAAUGAUUUGUUAACUUUUUCUAUAAUUGGGUAAUAAAGGACAAAAUGACCGAGCCAAAUUGGAAUGCGAGAGGUUCAUGGACGAGCGACUAAUUUAAGAUAAUCUUUGUUAUGGCAAAAAAAACUAGAAAAAUAAGUAACUAAAAGAUUGUACUGUGUCUUUGAGACGUGAGUCGAUUGGAAUAAACUGAUUGUUCUCAUGUA